ACCGUCGGACCCAGCGUCCCGCGGAGUAGCGCGGAUUCCGCGUGAUCCCCUCGAAACAAUGCGGACCUCGCCGCUCAUUCUGGCGUUCGGUGACACCCGAGAGUCCCCGUCUGACGUUAGCAUCAUCUCUUCCAGCCCGGGCUGAAGGCGUCCCCUGCGGACUCGUCGCGGCCUGGGCUCCCUGCUGGGACGCGACUCCCGCGCCUCUCGCCUGCCUGGCCCUGGGCGUGCACCGCCGGGGAAGAGGCCGGGACGGGGUCGCCGGGCUGUGCCAUCCGCAGACCGAAGCCGCGGCUCGGGCUCCGGAGGAGAUUCGCUGGGCGACCCCCCAAGGCAGCUCCCUCCGUGCGCAGUCUCCCUAAAUGGACCAGCCCUGUCUUUACAAGAAAAAGGAUUUUAAAAAAAGAAGAAAGAAAGAAAAUAAAGAAAGAAAGGCGAGCGCAGCUGAGACGGCAUCAGCUGCCUUUCUUCCCACACUCGCCGGUGUCACACCCAUGAAUCACCUCCAGACGGGGCGGCAGCUUCCCUAAUUAGCCUGGAGACGCUCAGGACCCACACGGUUAUAAAACAACAACAAUAACAAACUUUUACUUUUAUUCAAAUGCACACUUCCUUCCCUCGGCGCCCACGCCCGCCGCAGGCCACCGACUUCGAGGGCGGAUCCGGAGGUGACCUGGAGUCCCGGGUCCCUCUCCCCGACGCGCGCGGGUGCCCUGGGCCAGUCCCGGACUGACUUGCCGCCCGCUCGGGGUCUCCGGUGCCCCCCGGCCCUCCCGGAGCCCCGACAGCGCCGCUGCGCGGACAGGCCGAGGCGGAUCGGGAGCGGCGUGGACUUGGGAGGGAGCGCUGGGCAGCCGGGCCCGCACCCCGAUCACCCUCCCGCGGGGCGGCCAAGGCCCAGGCCGGCGCCUGCACCCCCCGCCCCGAGGUCUCGGCCCCACUCCGCCGGACCAGCUGCGGAGGCGGCGUUGGGAGCUGCGCGCCGCGGGGGAGGUGCGCGCGGCGGCCGGCGAGGGGAGCUGAGCGGCGUCCGCCCCCGCCGAGCCGAGCGGAGCCGAGCGGAGCCGGCGCGCCUGCAGCUGAGAGCUGGGAGCUGGGAGCGCGCCGGGCGCAGGGCCGGGCCGGCCGCGGGAGGGUAGUGUCAGCGCCCGCGUCCCGGUCUUCGGCCGCAGACCCGGGCUGUCUGGAGGCCGCGCGGCCACCUGCUGCGUCGCCGCGGCUUUGGGCUGGGGCCAGACGCGCACCGCGGCGGGAGCAGCACCGGCUCGCCGCACCCCGCGGAAGGUGCCCUUCUCUGCGCGUCUCGCCGAGCCCGGGCCACGCUCCUGUGCCAGAUGUCUUUCUGGGCACCGAGCAGCUAGGGGACAUGCCAGAGAUCAGACAAAGGAGCGUCACCCAGACUGAGGGCCGGGAGAGCAGGACUUCUGAAUGCAGCAGCGUUUCUUAAUCGCAGGACCACACUCGUGUGUAUGCACGUGGACGCAUAAGUUACUGAUUUUCUGCAUACUCCGUGUUAUGAAUCUGGUGUGCUGAGAUUAGGACACCUGUGACUGAGAUGAUUUCUUUGGCGUCCGUGCAAGAUAAAAGCGAGCUUGACAUGAUUUCCACAAGAGUGAUGGACAUUAAGCUUCGGGAGGCUGCAGAAGGCCUUGGGGAGGACAGCACAGGAAAGAAAAAAUCUAAAUUCAAAACUUUUAAGAAGUUUUUUGGGAAGAAGAAGAGAAAAGAAUCGCCAUCGUCCACAGGAAGUAGCACCUGGAAACAAAGUCAGACGAGGAAUGAGGUCAUUGCCAUCGAAUCUGGGCCAGUGGGCUACGACUCCGAGGAUGAGCUGGAGGAGUCGAGGGGCACGCUGGGCAGCCGGGCCCUUUCUCACGACAGUAUUUUCAUUCCUGAGUCCGGACAGGACGCUACUCGGCCUGUGCGGGUGUUUUCCCAAGAAAAUGUGUGUGAUCGGAUUAAAGCUCUGCAGUUAAAAAUACAGUGUAAUGUGAAAAUGGGGCCACCACCUCCUCCAGGGGGGCUUCCUGCCAAGCGGGGAGAGGAUGCCGGCAUGAGCUCUGAGGACGACGGGCUGCCCAGGAGCCCCCCAGAGAUGUCUCUGCUGCAUGACGUGGGUCCCGGCACCACCAUAAAGGUCUCUGUCGUGUCUCCAGACCACGUGAGUGACAGCACUGUCUCUGCCCGGAUCUCAGACAACAGCCUGGCACCAGUGGCCGACUUCAGUUACCCUCCAGAAUCCUCCUCCUGCCUGGACAACUCUGCAGCUAAGCACAAGCUCCAGGUCAAGCCCCGCAACCAGCGGUCGAGUAAGAUGAGGCGGCUCUCAUCGCGCGCUCAGUCUGAAUCCCUGAGCGACCUGACGUGCACCCCAGAGGAGGAGGAAAACGAGGAGAAGCCACUUUUGGAAGUCAGCCCAGAAGAAAGCCCCAGCUCUGGGCAGCAGGAUGUGGUGCCAGACAGAGGCCCUGAGCCUGGGCCACCAGAGCCCUUGCCGCCACCCGGAGGGGUCCGUGCCAGACGCGCCCGCCUGCAGCACUGCUCGGCGCUCACGGCCAGCAUGGAGGAGGCGGGCGCCCCCGGGGAGGACCCCUCAAGCCGCCCGGCCACCCCGGAGCUCGCCGAGCCCGAGUCGGCCCCCACCCUCCGCGUGGAGCCCCCGUCCCCGCCGGAGGGCCCCCCGAAUCCCGGUCCUGACGGCGGAAAGCAGGAUGGAGAGGCGCCCCCCGCAGGCCCGUGUGCUCCGGCCACGGACAAGGCGGAGGAGGUGGUCUGUGCUCCUGAAGACGUCGCGAGCCCGUUUCCCACCGCCAUCCCUGAAGGGGACACGACGCCCCCCGAGACUGACCCCGCCGCCACCUCAGAGGCGCCCUCUGCUCCCGACGGGCCAGAACACAGUGUCCCGAAGGAAGCGGAGCCGACGCCGCCCGUGCUCCCAGAUGAGAAGAAGGGGCCCCCAGGGCUGGCGCACGAGCCCGAGAGAGGAGGGGAGACCGAGCCCGAGAGAGGAGCGGGGUCCGAGCCCGAGAGAGGAGCGGGGACCGAGCCCGAGAGAGGAGCGGGGACCGAGCCCGAGAGAGGAGCGGGGACCGAACCCGAGAGAAUUGGGACCGAGCCCUCCGCGGCGCCCGCCCCGAGCCCGCCGCCGCCCAAGAGCUGCCUGAAGCACCGGCCCGCGGCCCCCAGCGAGGGCCCCGCCGCGUCCCCGCCGCUUGCCGCCGCGGAGUCUCCCCCGGUGGAGCCCUGCCCCGGUUCCCUCGACGCAGAGGCCGCCGCCCUGGAGCGCCCCAAGGCCGAGCGGGCUGAGGCGCCACCGGCGGGCGCCGAGAGGGCGGCGCCAGAGCGGAAGGCAGAGAGGGGCGGUGCCGAACUGCGAGGCGCGAAGAAGUUCUCGGUGUCCUCGUGCCGAGCGCGGCCUCGUCCGGGCGUCUCCCGUCCGCUGGAACGGGCCAGCGGCCGCCUGCCCCUCGCGAGGAGCAGCCCGGUCUGGAGGAGCGAGGCGGCUCUUGACGACCUCCAGGGUCUCCCCGAGCCCCAGCACGCGAAACCUGGCCCUCGGAAGCCGGCUGAGUGCGGCCCUCAGGACUCGGGGGACAGGGCGGCCAGCCCGGCCGGGCCGCGCAAGAGCCCCCAGGAGGCGGCCGCCGCGCCCGGCACGAGAGAACCCUGCCCAGCCGCCCAGGAGCCUGCCCCGAGUGAGGACAGAAACCCCUUCCCCGUCAAGCUCCGGUCCACCUCCCUCUCGCUCAAAUACAGGGAUGGCGCCUCUCAGGAGGCGAAGGGUGUGAAGAGGUACAGUGCCGAGGUCCGGUUAGAAAGGUCGCUGACCGUGCUUCCGAAGGAGGAGAAGUGUCCCUUCGGGACGGCCCCCGCCCUUCGAGGCGCCAGGGCCCCCAGCGACCAAGGAAAGGGGAAGGCCCGCCCCCCCGAGCCGCUCAGCUCCAAGCCGCCCCUGCCCCGGAAGCCGCUUCUGCAGAGCUUCACGCUCCCGCACCAGCCCGCGCCCCCCGACGCCGGCCCGGGAGAGCGGGACCCCAGGAAGGAGCCCAGGACGGCGGAGAAAAGGCCGCUGCGCAGGGGAGCUGAAAAGAGUCUGCUGCCUGCAGCAACAGGGCCUGGAGCUGAUGGGCAGCCUGCGCCACCCUGGAUCACCGUCACUAGGCAGAAGCGGAGAGGGACCUUGGACCAGCCACCCAACCAGGAAGACAAGCCUGGGGCACGGACCCUGAAGUCGGAACCAGGAAAGCAAGCCAAGGUGCCUGAGAGAGCCCAGGAGCCUGUGAAGCAAGCUGACUUUGUCCGCAGCAAGUCUUUCCUGAUAACCCCUGUGAAGCCUGCUGUGGACCGGAAGCAGGGGGCAAAGCUCAACCUCAAGCAGGGGCUGCAAAGAGGAAUCUCAUUGUCCCAUCAGAACUUGGCUCAGUCUGCAGUGAUGAUGGAGAAGGAAUUGCAUCAGUUGAAGAGAGCCAGUUAUGCCAGUACAGAUCAGCCAUCCUGGAUGGAACUUGCCAGAAAGAAAUCUCAAGCUUGGAGUGACAUGCCCCAGAUUAUAAAAUAGGUGAGCAGUGUGCUGAUAAAGCAUGUUCACUACCCUGAGAAGCCACUUAGUUAAAAACUGCCAGUAUAUCGUGGCAAACAAACUGUGAAACUUAAAGACUGAUUUUAUCUCAAGUUAUGACGAACUUGGGGAAGAGGAAGGAACCAGGCAAAACAAAGAGGAUAAACACACAGCCAUACUCCUGGGCCAGAGGGCCCAGAAACAAGAACAACACUGAAAAAGUCCAGGAACCAGUUCCUGUGCCCAAAGGUACGAAUGUGUCUUUUAGAAUUCCCUUGAUAAAGAAGCCUCAGACAAGGAAGAAAAUAGAAAUGAAAUUGGACACAUAAAUAGGACACCCGGCAAAGGCCAGAAGAGAAGCCCUUCUAGGAGAAGGGACAUCUGUGCUUCCAGCUGAGAUCAGCCCAUGUCUCUGGUCGCUGUCUUGCCUGUGGAUCCUGUCUUCUUUCAUGUUUACUACGAGGCAUGACAUUCAUGGCAAAACAGGGAUGCCAUUUCCAAGAGCAGCUAUAAAACAAUCUGUUUUCCUAACGACAGCCACUCUGAGAAGGAGAUGAAGGAACAUGGCAGGGUUCAUCAAUUCAUAGACUGUUUCCAAAAAUAAUUUUUAAACUUUUCCACUAGGCAUCUGUGUCUUUAACCACUGCACAAUGCAUUGCCUGUUUAAUAAAAGGUUUCAAACAUG